GAUGACAGCCGCCGCUGUUGUUGUGCAAAUGGGUGUUGCUUGUGUCAUUUUUAGUUUAGAAAUUAUUAUUUUUUUAUCCAGAAAGUAAUUAAAGACUUUUUCGGAUGAUUAACUAAUUUGUGCGCUCUUAUUUAUUGUGCAAAUUGAAAAGUGUAUACGAAAUAGAAGCGCCUUCAACUGUUCGAUUAUUGUCAAGUGGACAUUUUUCUUCGUUCCGUACUGAGUGCGUGGUUACUAGAAAUAUCUAUAAAUUGCAAUUUGAGAUCGAAGGUUAAGGUUAAAAAUGGACAACGAUCCGAAUCAUAUGAUGGGCCAUGGUAUGCCGAUGCCGAGUUAUGGAAUGCCAAAUCCAAAUGAAGUUGGUGAAAAUGAAACCCAUCAUCGCAAAGAUAUCGGCGAGAUUCUGCAUCAAAUUAUGAUCAUCACUGAGCAAUCGUUGGACGAAGCACAAGCUCGAAAACAUACUUUGAACUGUCAUCGAAUGAAGCAGGCAUUGUUUGAGGUUCUAUGCGACGUUAAGGAUAAGUCUGUACUAUCACUGCGUAAUACACAAGAAUUGGAUCCGCCAGAUACAGAUAUCUUACGUUUGGACAAUAUGUUGAUUGCUGAAGGUAUUGCUGGUCCCGAAAAAGGUGGUGGUGCAAAUGCGUCUGCUUCAGCAGCAGCAGCGAGUCAAGGUUCGUCAUACUCUUUGGAUGGCUCCGAUAAUGCAAUCGAACAUUCGGAUUAUCGGGCUAAAUUGGCACAAAUUCGACUAAUUUACCAUCAAGAAUGGGAAAAAUAUGAACAUGCGUGCAGUGAAUUUACAACUCAUGUGAUGAAUUUGCUUCGUGAACAAAGUCGUACCAGACCAAUUACUCCAAAAGAAAUCGAGCGUAUGGUUCAGAUCAUUCACAAGAAAUUCGAUCUUAUUCAAAUGCAGUUGAAACAAUCGACAUGUGAGGCGGUCAUGCUACUGCGCUCACGCUUUUUGGAUGCACGUCGAAAACGGCGCAAUUUCAGCAAACAAUCAGCAGAAAUAUUAAACGAAUACUUUUACAGUCACUUAAGUAAUCCAUAUCCUUCUGAAGAGGCCAAAGAAGAACUGGCACGCAAAUGUGGUAUUACGGUGUCUCAAGUUUGCAACUGGUUCGGCAACAAACGUAUUCGUUAUAAGAAGAACAUUGGAAAAGCGCAAGAGGAGGCAAACAGGUACGCCGCGAAAAAAGCAGCUAGCGCAUCCCCGUUCUAUGACUAUAACAGCCCAUAAAUUAAAGCGGAUAACUCGAUAUCACACAAUUCAGCGUGAAAUAAAAAACCAUUUAGUUCAAAGUUAAGCAUACGAUUACCAACACACAUAUUUACACAAUAUUAUUAGGUAGCAUUUUAAUGGGUAAACUCAGGUAAAUAUUUUGUUUCAUACACAAACCGUUUAUUAGACCAUUGCGUUAAUUUCUGUUUUUCAACCAAACGCCGUCAUGAAAUUGUGUUUUCGAUUUAUAUUCUUCUUUAACCAUUUUUCUCUUUCUUCAAUUAGUGCUAUCAUAAAUUGAUAUUUGAAAACAAGUAUACGAUGUUUGAAAAGUGUUUACUUUACUUAUUAUUACUAAUUUUAUUUGAGAAACAAUUUUCAAAUCAAAGUUGACGUCAAAAGUAUACGAAAACAGUUUAGCCACCGCAAAUACAUUUUUAAUAAUUGCGAUUUACGGAUUAUAAAAAUAAGGAUUUUUUAAGAAAUGCAAUAACGGAAAAUAUUUGUAAGAAAAAAAAAUAGUAAUAAUAUUUUUUUUAUCACCACAUAAUUAAAUCCAAGAACAACAAAACUUAUAUAAUGAAUUGUGCAUAAAUUGACAUCAGAAAAGGCAAUAAAAGAAAUAAA